AUGUCUAGACUGGGGGUCUUGGGCGGCGCCCAGGCCGGGUUGGGACUGUUGCUGGGCACCGCCGCGGGCCUUGGAUUCCUGUGUGCCCUUUACAGCCAGCGGUGGAAACGGACCCAGCGCCACGGCCACAGCCAGAGCCUACCUAACUCCCUGGACUACACACAGACCUCAGAGCCCGGACGCCAGGUGAGGCCUUUGCGGGCAGUCCCAGGCGAGGCUGGAGAUGGUGCAGUGCUGCCCAGCCUUCCACGUGAAGGGCAGGAGGAGGUGCUGGACCGCCUGGACUUUGUGCUCAGCAGCCUGGCGGCCCUGCGGCGGGAGGUGGAGGAGCUGAGGAGCAGCCUGCAGGGGCUUGCCGGGCAGAUUGUUGGGGAGGUCCGAUCCCACAUGGAAGAGAGCCAGAGAGUGGCUCGGCGGCGGAGAUUCCCUUUUGCCCGAGAGAGGAGUGACUCUACUGGCUCCAGCUCUGUCUACUUCACGGCCACCUCAGGAGCCACAUUCACAGAUGCUGAGAGCGAAGGCGGGUAUACAACGGCCAACGCUGAGUCAGACUACGAGCAUGACUCUGACAGGGACAGUGAUGACGGGGAAGACGAAGUGAGCUGUGAGACUGUGAAGAUGGGAAGAAAGGAUUCUCUGGACCUGGAGGUGGAGGUGGAGGUGGCUUCAGGCCCAGCAGCCAGAGCCCUGGAGGCUGGAGGCUCCCCUGGCCUGGAGGAUGUGCUGCCCCUCCUGCAGCAGGCCGAUGAGUUACACCAGGGCAAUGAGCAGGGCAAGCGGGAGGGUUUCCAGCUGCUGCUCAACAACAAGCUGGCGUAUGGAAAUCGGCAGGAUUUUCUCUGGCGUCUGGCCCGGGCCUACAGUGACAUGUGUGAGCUCACUGAGGAGGUGAGCGAGAAGAAGUCAUAUGCCCUAAAUGGAAAAGAAGAGGCAGAGGCUGCUCUGGAGAAGGGGAAUGAGAAUGCUGAAUGUCACCAGUGGUAUGCAGUGCUUUGUGGUCAGCUGGCUGAGCAUGAGAGCAUCCAGAGGCGCAUCCAGAGUGGCUUUAGCUUCAAGGAGCAUGUGGACAAAGCCAUUGCUCUCCAGCCAGAAAACCCUAUGGCUCACUUUCUUCUUGGCAGGUGGUGCUACCAGGUCUCUCACCUGAGCUGGCUAGAGAAAAAAACUGCUACAGCCUUGUUCGAAAGCCCUCUCAGUGCCACUGUGCAGGAUGCCCUCCAGAGCUUCCUAAAGGCUGAAGAACUACAGCCAGGAUUUUCCAAAGCAGGGAGGGUAUAUAUUUCCAAGUGCUACAGAGAACUAGGAAAAAACCCUGAAGCUAGACAGUGGAUGAAGUUAGCCCUGGAGCUGCCAGAUGUCACCAAUGAGGAUUCAGCUUUCCAGAAAGACUUGGAAGAAUUGGAAGUAAUUUUAAGAGAAUAA